AUGGCAGCCAUGGGCUCUAAUCAAAAGAUAUAUCUUGGUGUAUGGAAUAUUGCUUCUCCAGAUGGUGAAUUACAAGAUAUUGUUAAUGCUGUGAAAUCAAAUUCAAGAGGUUGGGAUGCUGUUCAUACUAUUGCCAUCGGCAAUGAAAGAGUUAAUGCUGGUGAAGCUACAGUUGCUCAAGUUCAAGCUGCUGUUGAUACAUCAAGAGAAUAUUUGAACUCAAAUGGAUAUACUGGUCCUAUUGUAACGGUUGACACUUUGGUAGCUUAUGUUGCCAAUCCUCAAUUAUGUGAGAUGUCUGAUUAUCUUGCUGUUAAUUGUCAUCCAUACUGGGAUGGUGGUGUUUCACCUGGUGAUUCAGGUCCUUGGUUACAACAACAAAUUUCACAUUUACAAAGUGUUUGUGGCACUUCAAAAGAGGUUUUGAUUACAGAAAGUGGAUGGCCAACUCAAGGUCAGGCAUAUGGAAGUUGUGUUCCUUCAGUGGAAAAUCAAGUCGAAGCAGUUUCUUCUAUUGUUUCUUCCUUAGCUGAUAAGGUGAUCAUGUUUACUAUGUAUAAUGAUUAUUGGAAAUUCAGCAUUGGAGGUGCUGGUCCUUAUGGUGUUGAAUACUAUUGGGGAUUAUAUGGUAACUCUCCAGAAUAA